UUGGCACAGCCCAGCCCCAGCCCCAGCACCCCUGGGGGAGGGGGAAAAGCCCCCUGACACAUGGAGCAGAAAGGGGCAAGGGGCAACCAGUGGAGCCCUGAAGCCUGGGAAAUGUCCACAGCGAGCACAGGCACCGCUGGGCCGUGAUCAUCGCUGCCCUGCGGCUGUCUACCCUCUCCUUGACACCUCCAGGGAUGGAGAGUCCACUUUCCCACGGCCUCCCCUUUCCCAUGGCGCCAACCCUGCAGGGUCCUGGUGGAGGGUCUUGCCCCUGCACUCGGACAGCCCCGCGCUGCACUGGGGAUAGGAGGGGAUUUCCCCCCUGCUGAGACUGGUCUGCGCUGGGGGUUUUGCCUUCCUCUGCAGUGGGGCACGGCCUCAGCCUGGGCUCUCUGCAGCGUCCUUGACCGCCCUGGCAGCAGCAGGACGUUGGCAGCCGCGGCCCCCCUGUAUCCCAGGGGUGGGGGCGGGGGCGAUGCCUGGUGCUGCGUCAGGAUGACGGUGUCGUGCAGCUCCAAGGUCGAACACGGGGUUUGUCUGGGCUGGUUUGGACAGGGCCGAUCCUGCCGCAGGCAGGGCUUGGACUGGACGUGCCCCCACAGGUCCUUGCCAGCCCCGCGGCUCUGGCACUCUGUGUUUCUAUGACCCCCUCAGUCCCGGCACCAGGCCCUGCGCGGUCUCCAGCCUGGGGGCUUGCAGUGUUUGCCCCUCAGGUGUUCCUUAUGAUCCCUAAUUAUCCCCAUGGCCCUUUUCACGCUGGCCCAGACCUGGGACCUGGGGAAACCAGGGGGAAAGUUAACCCAUUGCCUCCCAGUGUGUCACAGAAUUUCAAGGUCACAGCAGGGAAAGUGAGGCAGGGAAACACCAAAGCAUGCCGGCUCCUGUCUGCUCCUAACCUGAACCUGAACCCAAACCCAGGCUGCCCAAAAGGAGACCACUUGGCUGGCCCAGUGCUGCGCGGGCAGCAGGGGCAGAGAUGUGCUUGCAGGCCACGGCAGUCCCUGCGCCAGCCUGACCGUCCCCCGUCCCCUGUCAACGUGACCGUGACGCAGCUGAAGGCCAACUCCGCCACCGUCUCGUGGGACGUCCCGGAGGGAGACGUCAUCAUCGGCUAUGCCAUCUUGCAGCAGCGGCAGGAUGGGCAGAUGCAGCGGUUCAUCCGGGAGGUGAACACCACGAACCGGGCCUGUGUGCUGUGGGACCUGGCGGAGGACGCCGACUACGUCAUCCAGGUGCAGAGCAUUGGCCUGCACGGCGAGAGCCAGGCCAGCAAGCGCGUGCACUUCCGCACCCUGAAGGAGACCGACCGCCUCCCCUCCAACAGCUCCAACCAAGGCGACAUCACGGUGGAGGGGCUGGACAAGGAGCGGCAGUUACAGACAGGCGAGAUCGUCAUCAUCGUGGCCGUGCUGCUCAUGUGGGCAGCGGUGAUUGCGCUGUUCUGCCGGCAGUACGACAUCAUCAAGGACAACGACUCCAACAACGCCAAGGAGAAGGCGAAGCCGUCGUCAGAGCACAGCACGCCCGAGCGGCCCACGGGGGGGCUCCUGCGCAGCAAGAAAAAGUCCCCGUCGGUCAACAUCAUCGAAGUGUGAGCGUGGGGCCAGCGCUGGACCGGUCCAGCCAGAGCAGAGGAAGCUUGCAGGGUCGGGACACACUACUCCGUGCGUGGAGACAGGAUGGAGCGGUGCAUGCGGCACGCGGGCGGCACCGGCAGCACAGGACUGCAUUGCCUACGAAGCCCCUUGCUGCGGCCACACAGGGGUAGGGACCAGGUCUCGUGGCCCCUUGUGGAGAGACCACCGGUGCCGCCCUCCACCAGCUCCAGCCCAGGAUCCCGGCAGCAGGCAGCUUUGGCUCUUGUCCUCCCCAUGGGGGUUUUCCUGAGCCUAGGGUCCCAGCCGUGGUGGCGCAUGCAAGCUGGGUGUGGGGGCCCAGGUCAGGACUGGCUGCAGUGAGACCAGGUCAGUGCAGGGUUUGGGGGGCGGUCACCGGGCACGGGUUUGUAAGGCUGCUCCCGUCCAUGCAACCAGGGCCAGGCCAGGGGGCUGAGUUACAGGGGGUGCCUAUGGGCAGGGGAAUGAGGGUGGGCCCAGGUGCUGGGCUUUGCUGGUUGAGCCCCCCCUUCCCUGGAUGGAGCCAAGCCAGCUGGCACAGCCCCAGGCUGUCCCAGCCAAGCCCCUGCAACCAGGACAGCACAGAGGUACCGGCAGCCUGACUCCUGCCUCCUGGACACACAACCCAGAGCGGGGCCAUGGCUCCCCACCCCAGGACUCAGCAUCACGGCGUCUUCCAGGAUCAAGCCUUUGCGCACAGCACUUUCCGGACUUGGCCUCCUCCAUGGGAAGGGGCAGGGGGGCAGGGCCAGCGGUGCCCACGGCAGGGGCUUUUCAAUAAAAGUCUGUGGUCUGAGGCAGGGAA